CUAGAGCGUGCCCAAAUCCGUUAGUCGCCUGCUCUGGUUCAGCUCGAAGCCAUGGCGGGACCUGGGGGUUGGAGGGACAAGGAGGUCACUGAUCUGGGCCACUUGCCGGAUCCAACUGGAAUAUUCUCCCUGGAUAAAACCAUUGGCCUUGGUACUUAUGGCAGAAUCUAUUUGGGACUCCAUGAAAAAACUGGUGCAUUUACAGCUGUUAAAGUGAUGAAUGCUCGUAAGACCCCUUUACCUGAAAUAGGAAGGCGAGUGAGAGUGAAUAAAUAUCAAAAGUCUGUGGGGUGGAGAUACAGCGAUGAGGAAGAGGAUCUCAGGACUGAACUCAACCUUUUGAAGAAGUACUCUUUCCACAAAAACAUUGUGUCUUUCUACGGUGCCUUUUUCAAGCUGAGCCCUGCUGGCCAGAGGCACCAACUUUGGAUGGUGAUGGAGUUAUGUGCAGCAGGCUCAGUCACUGAUGUAGUGAGAAUGACCAGAAAUCAGAGUUUGAAAGAAGAUUGGAUUGCUUAUAUCUGCAGAGAAAUACUUCAGGGCUUAGCUCAUCUUCAUGCACACCGUGUAAUUCACCGGGACAUCAAAGGUCAGAAUGUGCUAUUGACUCAUAAUGCUGAAGUAAAACUAGUGGAUUUUGGAGUGAGUGCCCAGGUGAGCAGAACUAAUGGUAGGAGAAAUAGCUUCAUUGGGACACCAUACUGGAUGGCACCUGAGGUGAUUGACUGUGACGAAGACCCUAGACGCUCCUAUGAUUACAGAAGUGAUGUGUGGUCUGUGGGAAUCACUGCUAUUGAAAUGGCUGAAGGAGCUCCUCCGCUGUGUAACCUUCAGCCCUUGGAAGCCCUCUUCGUUAUUUUGCGGGAAUCUGCUCCCAAAGUCAAAUCCAGUGGAUGGUCUCGCAAGUUCCACAACUUCAUGGAAAAAUGCAUGAUAAAAAACUUCUUAUUUCGUCCCACUUCUGCAAAUAUGCUUCAUCACCCAUUUGUUCGGAACAUAAAAAAUGAAGGACAUAUUAUUGAGUCACUAAAGAAGCAUCUUACUGGAAUCAUUAAAAAGAGACAGAAAAAAGGAAUACCUCUGAUCUUUGAAAGAGAAGAAGCUAUUAAGGAGCAGUACACCAUGAAAAGAUUCAGAGGACCUUGUUGUACCCAUGAGCUUCUGAGACUGCCUACCAGCAGUAGAUGCAGACCACUUAGAGUCCUGCAUGGAGAACCCUCUCAGCCAAGGUGGUUACCUGAUCAAGAAGACCCACAGGUCCAGGCACUCCAGCAACUACAGGGAGCAGCCAGGGUGUUCAAACCACUACAGGCUCAGGGCAAUGCACCUAGGUCUCUACAAGGGCGAGCCCAGGCACCUCAGCGACUACGAGGGGCAGCUCAGGUGUUCAUGCCACUACAGGCUCAGGUUAAGUUUAAAAAGUCUAGGCCCCUACAGAUGCAGAUUAAAGCACCUCCCCGACUACGGAGGGCAGCCUGGAUGCUCAUGCCACCACAGGCUCAGGCUAAGGCACCUAGGCCUCUUCAACUACGGGCCCAGGUACCCAAAGACCAGCAAGCUCAGGCUCAGCCUCAAGCAUCAGAAGAGCCACAGGAUCUGGACCAGGUACCAGAGGAAUUUCAGGGGCAAGAUCAGGUACCUGAACAACAACAAAGGCAAGGCCAAGCCCCUGAACAACAGCAAGGGCAGAACCAGAUACCUGAACAGCAGCUGGAGCAGAAUCAGGUACCUGAACAGCCAGAGGUACAGGAACAGGCUGCUGAGCCCACACAGGCAGAAAGUGAGGCAGAGGAACCAGAGUCAUUACACAUACAUGCCCAGGUGUUCUUGCCUCUGCUGUCACAGAACCACCAUGUGUUGCUGCCACUACAUUUGGAUACUCAGGUGCUCAUUCCAGUAGAAGGACAAACCAAAGAGUCACCUCAGGCACAAGCCCAGGCACCAGAGCCCCCACAGGCAGUUGGCUCAGUUCAAGCACUGAUAGAGGGACUAUCAAGAAACUUACUUCGAGCUCCAAAUUCACAUAACUCAAAGCCACUUGGACCACUGCAAACCCUGAUGGAAAACUUGUCAUCAAACAUGUUUUACUCUCAACCAGAACAGGCACAGAAGAAAAAAUCAAAGGUUUCUAGUCUAAGGCAGGCAUUGGCGAAAAGAUUAUCACCAAAGAGGUUCCGGGCAAAGUUAUUACGGAGACCUGAAGAGUUUGAGCUCUCAGAUUUAGAAGCCUGCAGGCGAAGGCGCCAACGCAGAUGGGAGGAAAUCUUUAAUCAACACGAGGAAGAACUGAGACAAGUUGCAAGUGACAAAGAAGAUGAAUCAUCAGACAAUGAUGAAGUAUUUCAUUCAAUUCAGGCUGAAGUCCAAGUAGAACCAUUGCAGCCAUACAUCCGAAAUCCUGAAGGAAAUGAGAUUGAAGAAAGAUCUACUUCUUCACCUUAUAACCAGGAUCAUGCACACCAUGUGAAGUUCUCUUCAAGUGUUCCUCAGCAGUCUCUUUUGGAACAAGCUCAGAAGCCCGUUGAUACCAGACAAAGGAGUUCGAAAUAUCCUCAGAAUUGCCCAGCAACAUCAGAAUCUUCCAAGGAAGAGAGUCCAGUGACUGGGAGAAGGUCCCAGUCAUCACCUCCUUAUUCUACAAUUGAUCAGAAGUUGCUGGUUGAUGUCCAUGUUCCAGAUGGAUUUAAAGUAGGAAAAAUAUCACCUCCCGUUUACUUGACAAAUGAAUGGGUAGGUUAUAAUGCACUCUCCGAAAUCUUCCGGAAUGACUGGUUAACUCCCGCACCUUUCGCUCAGCCACCUGAAGAAGAUGGUGAUUAUGUUGAACUCUAUGAUGCUGGUACUGAUACUGAUGGUGAUGAUGAUGAUUCUAAUUAUGAGCAUGAAGGUACCUAUGACCAUGGCAAUGGCAAUGGCAAUGAUGCCUUGGAUAACCAGGUUGGCCAGGCUAAUGAUGUUGGUGAAGACUAUGAUGAUGAUGACAAUGAUGAGGCUGUUGAUGACAAAGACAAUAAUCAUAAUGAUGCUCCUAGUUGGCCAAGGUCAAGUUAUGGCAGAGGUGGAAGCUGGAAGCAAAAUGGUAGAGAUGGAGAUGAUGGAGGAGAAGGAGCCUACAGCAGCUAUGGAAGCCAGAGAACCAGUAGAAGCUAUGUAGGAUAUGCAGCCAGUGGGGACAAUACAGUAAUUGGAGAUCAUGAAGGAGAUAGAGCCAAUAUAGAAAGUUGGAAAAGAAGCAUGGAGGGUAAUGGAGGGAGGGGAGUCUGUGAAACCAAUGAAGAGAGUGAAGUCCUUGAACUCAAUGAAGGAGAUACUUGCUCAGAGAGAGAUGGUCUAGGUUUGGAGAGACCAGCAUCCCAGGACUUUGAACAUCAACAGAAGGAGUCAGUUGGUAGAAGUGAGAUCUCAAACGCCAUUGCCUCAGGUGCUGGACCCGCAGAACCUGAUGAUGAGAAUGACAGUAUAGACAUAUCUGAAGCAUCAACAGAAUUAGGUUUUUCUGCCAGCCACUCAUCUCCUUCCAGCAUUUCUGGGACGGCUGCAAAUGCUGAGUUUGCCAGUGCCAUCUUAUGUGCUGGAUUAGUGGAAGUACCUGAGAAAUCACCUAAGAAAACCUCUGAAGUCAAUGUCAACCCACUAUAUGUUUCUCCUGCAUGUAAAAAACCACUAAUCCACAUGUAUGAAAAGGAAUUCACUUCUGAGAUCUGCUGUGGUUCAUUGUGGGGAGUGAAUUUGCUGUUGGGAACCAGAUCUAAUCUGUAUCUUAUGGACAGAAGCGGAAAGGCAGAUAUUACAAAACUUAUAAAGCGAAGACCAUUUCGUCAGAUUCAAGUUGUAGAGCCACUCAAUUUGCUGAUUACCAUCUCCGGCCAUAAAAACAGACUUCGGGUGUAUCAUUUGACCUGGCUGAGGAACAAGAUUUUGAAUGAUGAUCCAGAAAGCAAAAGAAGACAAGAGGAAAUGCUAAAGACAGAGGAAGCCUGCAAAGCUAUUGAUAAGCUGAAAGGCUGUGAACACUUCAGCGUUCUCCAACAUGAAGAAACAACAUACAUUGCAAUUGCUUUGAAAUCAUCAAUUCACCUUUAUGCGUGGGCACCAAAGUCCUUUGAUGAAAGCACUGCUAUUAAAGUAUGCAUUGAUCAAUCAGCAGACUCCAAAGGAGACUACAUGUCCUAUGAAGCUUAUAUACGAAUACUGGCAAAAAUACAGGCAGCUGAUCCAGCGAACCGUUUUAAGAGACCAGAUGAGCUCCUUCAUUUGCUGAAGCUCAAGGUAUUUCCAACACUCGGUCAUAAGCCAGUGACAGUUGACCUAGCUAUUGGUUCUGAAAAAAGACUAAAGAUUUUCUUCAGCUCAGCAAAUGGAUAUCACAUCAUUGAUGCAGAAUCUGAGGUUAUGUCUGAUGUGACCCUGCCAAAUAACCCCCUGGAAAUCAUUAUACCACAGAAUAUCAUCAUUUUACCUGAUUCCUUGGGAAUUGGCAUGAUGCUCACCUUCAAUGCUGAAGCCCUUUCUAUGGAAGCAAAUGAACAACUCUUCAAGAAGAUCCUUGAAGUGUGGAAAGACAUUCCAUCUUCAGUAGCUUAUGAAUGUACACAGAGAACCACAGGAUGGGGCCAAAAGGCCAUUGAAGUUCGCUCUUUGCAAUCAAGACUUCUGGAAAGUGAAUUGAAACGCAGGUCGAUUAAGAAGCUGAGAUUUCUGUGUACCCGAGGUGACAAGCUAUUCUUUACCUCUACCCUGCGCAAUCGCCACAGCCGGGUUUACUUUAUGACCCUUGGAAAACUUGAGGAGCUCCAAAGCAAUUAUGAUGUUUAAAAGAUCCAAUGAUUGAUUACAACAUUUACAAACAUCAUAAAUAUGCAAUUUGCAUCUUAAAAUUUCUGAGAUUAAAUGAGCAGUUUUAUUAGGUAAAAAUUAAAUCAGAUACUUUACUUUUAAUGUAGCACAGAAUAGUUCUAAUGAGAAAUGCAGCUUUAUAUAUAAAAUUAACUAUAGCAAGCUCUACGUACUCCAAUGGUGUACAAUAUCUUUUGCACAAACUUUGUAACUUUUGUUACUGUGAAAUCAAACAUUAUUCUUUGGACAGUUUGGACAGUAUCUAUAUUCAGAUUUUAUAACAUAGAGUAAAGAUACCUGUAAUGAGUUAGAUUUUGAGCAGCUUUCAAAAGAAUUGGCACUGAAUGAGCUUUUUCAGAAAAAAUAAAAGUAGCAAAGAACCAUAUAGGAAUUUGCAAAGUCAUAUAAAGAACUAAAGGUUAGAUUAUGAAAUGAAAAUAGUAAGGACUAUGCUAUAAAUCAGACUAAGGCUGAGCAACCUAUAUGCCUGUAGAAAACUACAGUGAAAAAGGGAGGAAAGGCCACCUAUUUUCUCAUUGCUUCAUGACAGUUAAGCCCACAGUUAGAGAUCAGUUGUGUUCUUUUCACCGAAUGUUAAGCUGGUUUUCUCCCGAUAAGAAGAAAGGAAAAAAACCUCAGAUGCUUUAUUUCCUCAGAAUCCCCAAAGAUGUGCAAUAGCUUUUUAAAACCACCAAAUAAUACACUUGCAAGCCUGAAUACAGGACUGAACUCCUAUACACAUGUACUGUAGAAUUAGUUUGUUGUUUUAUUUUUUAAUACUUUAAUGUAGGCAUCAAAUUCUACCCCCAAGAACAGAUUGGUUAAUUUAUCAAAAUUCUUAUCUGGUCAACAAUUUGACCAUCAAACAACAUUAAAUAUUUUCCCAAUCCCAUAUUAAAUUAUCUGAAAAUUUCCCUUCAGGUAUUAAAAAAAUAUAACAACAAAAAACUUUGGCUGCUAAAAAUUUGUGUUUUUUUAAAAAAUAUUUUUAUUUCUGUACAAUUGGAAAUUAAUCUAAAGUGAUGAGUCCACAUGUAAGGACUUAAUGUUUGAGGUAAAAAAUGAAAAGAUUUUGAAAAAAUAAAACUGAUCAGAUACCAAAAUCCACAAAUUUAGAGUACUGAAAAUCAUGCUAGUUUAUCAUCCAUAUAUGUUAUAGAAGCCAUGCAUAGGUGGUUUUUGGUCACCUAUGGUAACUGCUACCUGGUGAAAAGCAUAAUUUCUGCAUAUCCAUCCUCAUACCAUGGUUAGUUCUGGGGCAAUAGAGAGACAACAGAACUACCACAAAGUAUACCUCAGUAUAAUUCCUCUAGCCUGCUUCUCAAAUCUGAAGACAGUGCUAGUGGGAUCAUAAUUUUCAAACUACCUGGUUAGGCAAAAUACAAAAGCAGCUGACUAUGUGUGAUUUCAUGAUAGCAUGUUAUUUUCUUGGCACCUUAGUGCCAGGAAUGAUGAUUUGGAUUUUCCUAACAACUUAUAUCAAGAGUUUUUAGUAGCUCAAUA